GAAAAUUCCUUCACUCUGACACAAGGAAGUUGGAAAAUUCAUCUGGGUAUCUAAGCGCAACGAGCAUUUGAGGACAAUGGCUGCAGCAUCAGAGAAAGUAACUGCGAAAACUCAGAGCGUUAAAAAGGUCUCCAAACCACUGAUGGAGAAGAAAAGAAGAGCACGUAUCAAUAAAUGUUUGAAUCAAUUGAAAAGUCUCCUGGAGAGUGUCUGUUCGAACAAUAUCCGCAAGCGAAAACUGGAAAAGGCUGAUAUUUUGGAGCUGACGGUAAAACAUCUGAUGCAUCUGCAAAACACCAGAAGAGGAAUGCCCACAGUUUGUGACUCUGCUGAAUAUCACGCUGGCUACAGAAGUUGUCUGGCCACUGUCAGUCAUUAUCUCGCAUCGGAUGCUGACAGAGAUUCCCGCUCCACCAUGCUGACACAUCUUAGGAGCGGUUCUAACCUAGUUCCUGAUUUCAGUACCGCGGAGAGCGACACUGCUCGGAUCCCUGCCUCAACAUGUACUCUUCGUCAAUCAAACAAAGCUCCGCUUCAAACAGACGCUCCAUAUCCAAACUUGCAGACAACUUCAGACAGAUAUUUCUUCUAUAUGCCGAAGAGGACUGAGAUUUGUGAUACGGACAAAAUAUCAUUUAACGCACAGGCUGGAACAAUUGAAUCCAAGAAGUUCAAAACUACACACUUCAGUCUUAAAAAUACAAAGGCUGACGAGUUCUGCAAUUUUUCUGAAGCCUUGAAACAGAAUUAUUGGCGGCCUUGGUAAAUCUGAAGAAUUUCAAACGUCACUGUUUUAACACUUAGACUUUUUAAAGUAGCUCCAAUUUUGCUUCUCAUGCACUGUAUAUGUAGAUCCUAUUUUGUAAUAAAUGAUGACAAAUGUUUAUUUUAAUAAUAAAAGAUUACAAUGUUG